GUACAAAAUCUUCUUCCAUUGAGAGAAAAAAUAAAUCUUAUUUUCUUUUGUUUUAAUUUUUGGACCAGCUUCUAAUAAUUAUCCCUUUACAACAAAGCCAUGAGCUGUUCUUCUUCCCAACCCCAGAUCAAAUCCCCAACAACGAGCACAAAAUCCCACAACAUCAGAUCUUGUCGUCUCGUCUGCGUCGUCGUCGUCGUCGUGUUUGGCCUAAAGAAGUUGCAGAGACCAGAAGAUUCUUUUGCAGAGACAUGAGCGAUUCUGAUCCACAGAAGAUCACAAGAAGUUGUAAGAAGCUUAGACCUGGCGGAAGUGAAGAUAACAGAGAGAAGAUGAUUCACAGAGAGCUCGAAAGACAAAGGAGACAAGAAAUGGCUUCUCUUUACGCCACUCUUCGCUCUCUUCUUCCUCUCCACUUCAUCAAGGGAAAACGUUCAACAUCAGAUCAAGUGAACGAGGCGGUCAAUUACAUAAAGCAUCUGCAGAGAAACAUCAGUGAACUGAGUUCCAAGAGAGACGAACUCACUCUAUUGUCUGGAGGCUUCGAGAGUGAAGAAGCUAAUAACAAGAGCGAGGGCUCAAGAGACAGUGACGUGGUGGAGGUUCAUCGUUCUUUGUCCGGUGUCGAGAUUUCGAUCAGUAGCCGCUGUGUCCAACCGAGGUUGUCGGACUUUCUCCAAGUGGUUCAUGAACAAGGCCUUUGUGUUCAUAGUUGCAUGUCAUCUAAAGUAGACGAUCGAUGGAUUCACACCAUACAAAUCGAGGUUGAUGAUCCCGCGAGGAUUGACAUAACAGACCUUCAGGAUAGACUAACUCAAAUCAUGUAAAACAAUUUGAUUUCUCAUCUUUAUUUUGACUGACGUGUCUAACAACAUACUUUUUGUUUGGUUUGUGCUUUGUGUGUAUAUAUGUAUGUAUGUUUUUUUGAUGAAAAUAUAUGUAUGUUAUAUAUAUAUAUGUAUGCAUGUAUAUAUACGUUGUGUAUCGCUCGGGAAAUGUAGGCAUAUGUUUUUUCAUGCGAAUUAUUCUUGUUCAUAGGUAUUGUACGUAUUCGCAUCCUUAGGUCGACUAAUAAUAGUUUUUAAUU